AUGAACGAUCCUAAGGAGAAGGCCCCUUUGUAUCAAAACGACGAGCAAAGUUAUGGAUAUGUUAAAAAUGGCAAAAAUCCUGUUGACGAGGAGCGUGAAUGUUGGGCCAGUGAUAGCGGAUCUAGUUCAGGAUCAUAUUAUUCAAAUGCUUCGAGUUCAGUCAUUGAAUGGGAAUCUGAAAUAAGUCCUACCGGAGAAGUCUUUUACAUCGAAUCAUUAAUGGAAUCCUUUGCUGCCCUUAAUAGUAAUAAAGCUAGGGAAGAUAAUCACUACGCAUCAUCUCCACCAGAAUUAACUCGUCGUCGUAGUACAAGAGCAGGAAAAUUAAUUCGUUUAUUAAAGCGUAGAGAGAGUUACAGACAUAGCGUGAGAAUGAGCGGCCUCGCUUCUGAACUCAGACAAAAUCAUGAAUCAAUUAGCAAAAUGCACAGAGAAAGAGAGAAUUUUAUUAGAGACGAUUAUAAGAUGGGAGAAAAAUAUUCUGUAAAUAUUUGGGUCGAACCAGAGAAGCGGCAUAAGCUUGGAAGACGUGCGACGGCUUGCGAGGCUUACUUGGGUAUAAUUCCAUGUGUCGCAUCGGACAAGUCCAAAAUCAUAGUUGCAGGAUUCGUUCCCGAUGGCGAGGCUUUAAAGACUAAGGAAAUUAACGUCGGAGAUUGGUUGCAAUCGAUUAAUUCAAAAGAUGUUAAUAAGUACACUAUCAACACUAUACUUUCGAGAAUUGUUUCUCCUACAAACAUUCAUUGCCAAUUUCAAAGAACGUGCCUCGAUGGCAACUAUGAGAAUUAUCCAGCGACAAUGAGUUGUCCGAACCAAUCGGUAUUAGCACGGCAAUUAACUGAUAAAGAAGAAAGCACAAUCCUAAUGGAGUCUUUGAUUAAGGAAUCGUUGGGUGUAAUUUUUAUAAAAACAAAGGAAUUUUCAGAGGGUGAAUCGGAUAUGCAGGGUGUGCUAUAUUCAUUUCCCAGAACAAAAACUAAAAGUACUCAAUCUUUUUUAUCAAUUACAAAGGGAGCAUUUAUUACAUUAAAUCACAUGUUGCCCGAUAUCGUUGGAGCUCAACCGAUUAGUACAACCGUUUCAACUUCAACUGGAUUAACGCAUAUCAUUUAUUUUUCCUACAAGGAUGAACUAUUAUUGAUCGCUGUGCCAGAUAAAUGCUGCAAUAAACAAGAAGCUAUGGAACAUUCAAUGGAUAUCGUAUGCACUUUAUCCUUUAUGAACGAAAGCAUAUUAACAUGCUUUGAAAAAGAAGAGAAUCAUUUGCAUUUAGAUCACUUUUUUUAUCUUUUUUUCUCUCGUCUAUACAAAGAUAAGGUAGUAGCGAGUAAAGCUAAUUCGGAAAAUUUAAAAACCAAUGUAAAUAUCGACGAUUUAAGUAAAUACGAUUUUAGUUUUUUACUGCCAAUUGUUAACUUGGUGCAAUUACCGCGAGAUGCUCAAAUACAAAUUGAUGCAGCAUUGAGUGAAAUGGAGGCAAUGGAUUAUAGGGAUUGGAAUCAAGAUCCCAUGGAAUGUCAACGAUUAUACACAAUUAUAGGAAGUUGUUUGUAUCACAGAAGGCAUUUACUAGGAUCUCACUUACCCGCUGAGGAUUUAAUACAAAUUCACUCAUUUUUACGACGACAUGGUAUAUUACAUCUUAUCAACAGCGAGGACGUUAAAUCUCUCGUUAUUUGGAAUAAGGUAUAUCCUUCGUCGUCCGUGAAUAGAAAAUUGCAGUGGCAAGAUGAAAGUGCUUAUUCGUUGACAUAUCGAUGGUUUUUACUUAUCGUUGGUUAUGGCCACAAUUUACUUGCUGUUAUACUGGAAUCAGGAGGUUGCACGGCCAUAUUGGAGGAACAUUCUGGACCGGAUAUAUUUUACGUCGAAGAGGCUCAGGAAACUCUCAAACAUAUUAGAAAAAUCGGUAUCUCGGCAUUGGCUGAGAAAUGGAUUAAUGCUAAUGCCAAACCAGAGAUUAUUGUACCACAGAAGGAAACGACGCUAUCGAAACUUUCUUCGCCAAGCAUCGCAGAAAAUAUUGUAGGCUUUAUGAAGACAAAUCAAUCAAAAUCUAUAAGCAGCUUAAAUCACAAUGUGACUAAAGUGCCUUACGACAAUAUAAGUAUGACAAAAAGCAGAGUCUCCGAAGAGUCUCGAGUUGACUUUAAUGCUGGGUAUUCUCUUGAAGCGUCUCGAGAUUCACCGAGUCAAGAUUCCCUCAGUCAAGUCAGUGAAAUGAGCGAUCAGGCUGCGCCAAUAUUGGGUAGAAGAGCUACUAGAGAGAGAAGCAAUGCUUUGUUAACAAGAUAUUCCGAUGACAGUGAUUCCGAUUUGGAUAAUGAUCAAACAGGAAUAUCCGAAAUCAGCAAUAUACGAGAAAAUUUGUUACAUCAAGCGGAAUACAUUGUACCUAAAAUUGUUACAACUGGUAAUAAAAAUUCUUUAGUUUACUACGUGCAUAUAGAUUUGUUCGAAGGUGUUUUAAUAUCAUCGAGAGUCAAUGAAUUAGACAGCGAAUUUCUGUCGAAUUUGAACGGCUGCGCUCAAAUGAUUCACAAACUAUUGAGCGACACAAAGAGGUAUAAAAAAUUGUUGACUCACGAUGCCGGAAAAUCUGUGAUAAACAAAAGUUUAAUUGCAAUUAAGGAACAUGGUAUUUUAUUGGAGUGGGAAAACUGUACAUACUGGAUAGUCGGAAGAUUAUAUAAUUCUCCAAGGCCUAAAGAGUUGUACAUAUGUUAUCAAGACUGUGCGCCGCAAAAUUUAAUUGAAAUGGCAUUUAGAUUGCAAUCUACAAACCAUUAGUUUGAAAACAUUGGAUCCUUUCUAUUCUUAUU